CCAGAAGUAAAUGGGGGGGGGGGUUGUAGGAGGGAAGAAAUUUGGCGUGACAGCGGCAAAUGUGCCUCCCCUUGCCGACGUGUUACACCACUUUACUGGCAGGACCAUGCGGGGAGCGCACUUGGAAUAUUUCCCCUACGCCGAAGAAGUUGUCCAGUUUGCGUGCUAGCUUGCACGAACCAUGUCCACAUGGCGCAGACUGGGAGUCCGGGGGUGGCUCACCUUCAGGCGGGUCACGCUCGAGCACCGGUGGUCGUAUGGACUAACGAUGCCGCGACGAAGCCUGCAGACAGGCACUCCUCUGCCGAAUAACUUGAUUAAAGAUCUGAAGGCCAGAUGGACCGCCACCAAGGAGAAGAUCUCGUUAGGUCUGCCGGGGAGCUCCUGGAGCCCCAUUGAGGUCACCCCCGGACUCCCACCGGAGAGGGCCGAUAUAGUGAUCGUGGGCGGCGGCGUGAUGGGCUGGUCCAUCGCCUACUGGCUCACGCAGAAGACUAAACGUGGGGACCUCGGAGUUGUCGUGGUGGAGAAGGAUACCACGUACUCCAAGGCGUCCACAGUGUUGUCCGCUGGGGGGAUCCGGCAGCAGUUUUCCCUGCCGGAGAACAUCUGCUUGUCUUUGGAGUCUGCAGACUUCCUGAGGAACAUCAAUGACCACCUUUGGGUAUUGAACGAAGAUCCCGUGGACCUGCAGUUCAACCAAUCAGGAUAUUUGUUCCUGGCCAACGAGAAGGUGGCACACAUCAUGGAGGAGAACUACAAGACCCAGAGGUCAGUUGGAGCCAAAGUGGCCCUUCUCUCCGCCACACAGCUAAAAGACAAAUUUCCGUGGAUCAAUACGGAAGAUGUGGUGCUAGCUUCAUAUGGUCUGGAGAACGAGGGCUGGUUUGACCCCUGGACUCUGUUGAACGCCUUCAGGAGGAAAGCCAUAUCCAUGGGUGUCAUGCAGUGUGCCGGAGAGGUCACCAGUUUUAAUCACAUGUCAAAUGUGGUGACUACAGUAGAGGGCGACCAAUUGGAAACUAAAACGAUCAAAUCUGUUAAUGUGCGGAUGCCCAACAGCCUGGAGAACCAGCAAGUGGAAUGCGCCUUUGUGAUCAACGCAGCCGGAGCUUUUUCCGCUAAACUGGCCGAGCUGGUCGGAAUGGGAUCUGGUCCCAAAAACACGAUAGCCGCAAUUCCACUUCCUGUCGAACCCCGUAAAAGGUUCGUGUACGUGGUCCACUGUCCCGACGGUCCCGGUCUGGACACGCCUUUCCUGAUCGACCACUCUGGGGUGUACUUCAGGAGGGAGGGGCUUGGCGGUAAUUACAUCGCUGGAAUGUCACCGGAGGAGGGGGAGGAGCCGGACAUCACUAAUCUGGAUGUGGACCACCAAUUUUUUGAGGACAAAAUCUGGCCCAAUUUGGUGCAACGUGUUCCUGCUUUUGAAAAGCUGAAGGUGACGAGUGCGUGGGCGGGCUACUACGACUACAACACCUUUGACCAGAACGGCAUCGUGGGCCAUCACCCGCUCUUCAAAAACAUGUACUUUGCCACGGGCUUCAGCGGCCACGGCCUGCAGCAGGCGCCCGCCGUGGGCCGCGCCGUGGCUGAACUCAUCCGGGACGGCACCUUCAAAACGCUGGACCUGAACGGCCUGGGCUUCAACCGCAUCCUGAAUCAGGAACCCAUGUUGGAGAGGAACAUCGUGUAGCUCUUCCACCAAACGCUGGUUUUGAAAUAUCCAGAAGUAUCAUCGUAAUAUAAUGUCACAAUCAUGCUACAUUUAUUAUGCCAGUUUUGUUCAUCUCAUGCAUUUUUUUUUCUACCAAUGAAGCAGAAAAGCUCUUCUUUAACAUCGUCGUUCUUAGCAGAUUGGCAAUGGUGCCAAAUGCCUCCAGUUCAAAAAAGUGAGUCACUCAGUCAACAACUUGUAAAAGAAGCGUCUUUUCUUUUACUUUCAACACAAAUACUAAACAAACCAAGCAGAUUCCUAAGAACUGUGAAGCUUUGUCUUAUAGAGGAUCUUUUAAAACAGCAGUGCGCUCCCGUCAUAUUGACGAUCUUUGACCAACAUUUCUGCAGUAGGUUCUGAAAAAUAGCAAAGCAUUCCGAUCAUAUUGAUGAUCUUUGAUAAGUAUUUCUGACAGUGUGUUUAAUAAAAAAAACAGCAGGGCACUCUGAUCAUAUAGAGCAGACCUGGGCAAUUAUUUUGACUCAGGGGCCACAUUGGUCGGUAAAGAUACAUCUGGGGGCUGGUGUGUGUUAUACAUACAUACCAAUCACCAAUCAUACUGUACAUAUGGCAUGCUAACUGCAGGGUUUUUCUGUGUAACAAAGGAGUGACUACUUUAUUUAUCUUACCUUAUUUCAGAUUUUUAAACAUUACACUGAGUUUGUUUGUUUUUUGACAAUAUUUUAGCUGGAAAAAGGGUCACACUACUGUAUGUGUGCCUGGUUCCCUUUUUGUAAGAACACUUUAAACGUGUGUAGGAGGUUCAGCAUUAGUGGAUAAAAAUUCUAAAAUGCAGUAGAAAAACAUAAAAGCUAAACACACAAUACAAACACAAUACAACUGAUAAAAAGUUACAUUAAAGGCCUACAAUGUUAGUAUGUGAGGCGCCCUCACACGGGUGACGUCAUCGUCUGCGACUUCCGGUAAAGGCAAGGCUUUUUUAUUAGUGACCAAAAGUUGCGAACUUUAUCGUCGAUGUUUUCUACUAAAUCCUUUCAGCAAAAAUAUGGCAAUAUCGCGAAAUGUUCAAGUACGACACAUAGAAUGGACCUGCUAUCCCCGUUUAAAUAAGAAAAUAUCAUUUCAGUAGGCCUUUAAUAUGAACAACCACCUCAAAAAACUAUGACAUUUUACAGCCUUUUCGCUGAAUGAAGUAUCCAUCCAUCCAUUUUUCUACCGCUUAUUCCCUUGGGGGUUGCGGGGGGCGCUGGUGCCUAUCUCAGCUACAAUCGGGUUGAAGGCGGCGUACACCCUGGACAAGUCGCCGCCUCAUCACAGGGCCAACACAGAUAGACAACAUUCACACUCACAUUCACACACUAGGGCCAAUUUUAGUGUUGCCAAUCAACCUAUCCCCAGGUGCAUGUCUUUGGAGGUGGGAGGAAGCCGGAGUACCCGGAGGGAACCCACGCAUUCACAGGGAGGACAUGCAAACUCAACACAGAAAGAUCCCGAGCCCGGGAUUGAACCCAGGACUACUCAGGACCUUCGUAUUGUGAGGCAGGCGCACUAACCCCUCUGCCACAGUGAAGCCCUGAAUGAAGUAAUGUACAUGAAAAAUAAAUAAUUUGAGUGAA